AUGGAGACUCAGAAGCGGAAGAGAACCGCCGUUGCCUGCCACUACUGCCGUCGAAGGAAACGCAAAUGCGACGGCAGGCAACCCGUCUGCACCCUCUGCGAAGAAGCCAAUAACUCGGAGUGCGAGUAUCCCGCCACGGAAGAACACAAAAGACCAAUCUCCGUAGACCAGACAGCCGAGAUCCUCUCCCGCUUGCAACGCCUCGAACAGUCCUUCACACACUUCGCGUCCCUCCCGCCAAUAUCUCACCCUCAGCCAGAUGACCACUACACCCCGACCUCACACACAUACCCACCGCCAUCCCAGAAUGCAUCCCCAGAAUCCGCCUUCCCGUCCCCAGGCUACGGACCUCUCUCAGUUGACCCAUCGCUCCACAUCCCCUCCGCCGCCACGACCCCGGUGGCGCCCUCCACGGAAUCAUGCAUCACCGCGCCCAUGGCGAUUCCCAUGUCCCACUCCACCACCACAGGGAGCCUCCUACAAUCGCGUUCCGCCAAGGCUCUGCUCGGCGAGUAUCCCUCCGACGUGUUCUUCCGCGUGGAGAGCAAGAGGACCCUCCCCGAGCCUCUGUCCCUGACCCCGAUACCCCUGAGCCAGAUCGUCUUCCCCGAGAUCGAUGCGGAGGAAGCAUCGUCACUGGUGGAUAACUUCUUCGACCUCGUGAACCCGCAGCAUCCCAUCCUCGACAAGGGCGACUUUGAGCACAUCUAUCGAGAUGUCGUGGGGAACCCCUUGCAAGCUGACCUGCGCGCUGCUUUGGUCCUGGUCGUGUUGGCUCUGGGGCGGGGGGCUGUCGACACGCCUGAUCUGACGCGAGAUGGUUGGCUACCUGGCGUGGAGAUGUUCACGCCCGCGUUGCAGGUGCUUCUAGGGACGUGGUUCAACUCGUUUGGGGAUACCAUCCUGCUCCCACAGGGAUUGUAUCUUGCAGCGCUGUACUACAGCUACCUCUCGAGACCGCUUCAGGCAUGGAGGUUGGUUCACAUGGCGUCGACCAGCAUCCAGCACUAUCCCAUCCGACACAGGAGUAUGCGUCAACCCUUGGAAGAAACGCACACCCACCAGCCCGUAACCCGUCUAUGCUGGGCCAUCUUCGUCCUCGAAUGCGACAUCAUAGCAGAACACCACCUCCCCCGAAGCGGCAUCGACCAAGUCAUCGAAAACCUCCCCUUCCCCCGCUGCGGCAACCCGCCCGACCCCGCCAUGCUCUCCUGGCUCGCAGACCUCUCCGCCCGCCGCCUGCUCAACCGCAUCCACCACGUGAUGUACGACACCGCCUCCCCAACCACAAACUCCGCCACCGCGGACGCUUUCGCCUCCGUCUCCGCGGAGCUGAGCCACCAGCUCGGCGCGUGGUACGAUCUCCUCCCGUCCGCGAUCAAGCCCGACCUGCAUACCGCGAGCGGCACCACGCUGAGUGUUGACGAGGCGAUUAUGGUGCUGAGGUACCAUGCCGCGGGAGAUAUCAUUUUCCGCCCGUUUUUGCACCAGGACGCUCGCGGUGAUUUUGCUGUUAACGUUGGCUUCGUUGUCGCCGGUCUUAGCGGAGACCGUGCCGGAUAUUGA